GGUGGAGCUGUACAGGAGAGCCCCACGCCCGGUGUGCAGGUGGAACCGUACAGGUGAGCCCCACACCCGGUGUGCAGAUGGAGCUGUACAGGAGAGCCCCACACCCGGUGUGCAGGUGGAGCUGUACAGGAGAGCCCCACACCCGGUGUGCAGGUGGAGCUGUACAGGAGAGCCCCACACCCGGUGUGCAGAUGGAGCUGUACAGGAGAGCCCCACACCCGGUGUGCAGGUGGAGCUGUACAGGUGAGCCCCACACCCGGUGUGCAGGUGGAGCUGUACAGGAGAGCCCACACCCGGUGUGCAGAUGGAGCUGUACAGGAGAGCCCCACACCCGGUGUGCAGAUGGAGCUGUACAGGAGAGCCCCACACCCGGUGUGCAGAUGGAGCUGUACAGGAGAGCCCCACACCCGGUGUGCAGAUGGAGCUGUACAGGAGAGCCCCACACCCGGUGUGCAGGUGGAGCUGUACAGGAGAGCCCCACACCCGGUGUGCAGAUGGAACCGUACAGGUAAGCCCCACACCCAGUGUGCAGAUGGAACUGUACAGGAGAGCCCCAGCAACAGUGAGGGGCUUGGUCAAGGCCACCGGCUAGUUUGGGGCAGAGCUGGGACUAGAAUCUCAAUCAGUGUUUGUGGAACCCUUGUCACUUGACAGACCAUCGAGGACUCCCAGUGGCUCCAUCCACAGGCUGUGGGGCUGGAGGCUGGUGGGUGGGGCUUGCCUGGUGCCCACUCAGGUAAAUGCCUGUGUAGUCCCCUGGAGAAGCCACAGUGGGCUGAGUGGGGAAGGGGCGAAGUCAGGCCCACUUACCACUUGCAGACUCUGGGAGCCGGCCUGGGGUCUCUGCUGGGAUCUGCCCUGUGGGAAGAGGGCAGGUGGCAAGGACUCGGGAGCGCUUGGGCUGCUCCGGGGUGGUUGCCCUCCCUUCAGGCUGUCAAAAUUGACUGAAUUCUUAUGUCCCUGUUCUUGGGUGGGCAUGCUCAGGCCACCCUGACCUGGGGCACCUGACCCUCACCCCUAGCAGCUGGUGCUGAGGGUUCUGGUGCCAGUGGCAGCCAAAGUCCUGCUCCUGCCUGCAGGUUCCCAGCUCAUGAAUGGGGGCAAGAGCCUUUCCAUUCAUGGACAGAUGGGCCGUGGCAGUCCCCGAGGCCCCACAUGCCUGCACCUGAGCACCCCAGUACUCAGGGCCAGGGUGGAGAGCUUGGGACCCAUUAAACACACAGGAGGCUGAGGCCCCAUAGGGGAAGGGCUGUGGCUGUGGCAGAGCCUGGCCUCCCACUUUAAUCCUCAAGGCCCCUGACUUCACGUGUGGGAAGGGCUCUGGGGUCCUCAGGAGGCUUCCUUGGGGGCCCUGACUGCAGACGGGGCCCUCACACCACCCCAGGCAGCCCAGCUACUGCCCACCUUCCCAACCUCUGGAUCCCAGCAGCCAACUGGUGGUUCUCCCUCUCCAGAGCCUGCAGCCUGCUCCUGUGACUGGCCAGGAAGGGGUGAGGAGGGGCAGGUUGCAUCCCCAUCCAGGGGCCCCGCUCCCCACAGAAACCCUCACACAGCUCUUGGGAUUGGGCAGGUCCAGCCUUCAGAGGGGAGCUGAUCUCCUCCUGGGCCUGGGCAUGCCCUCCCUAGCUGGCAUGUGGAUGAGGGACCCAGGGGGCUCACUGGGCAGCGCCCACCCAGACUCACCACAGCUCCUCCUGUGCACAUUCUGCAGCUGUGUUGAGGGUCCUAUGGUUACAUGAGGCGAGAAAACAAGAGGGAGCACUGGGGCCCUGAGGUCUCAAGUCACACCCAUCCGGGGAGGUAGCAGGAAGCAAACUGGGGCAUUCUGGGUUGAACUGUAUCCCCUGCAGCAACAACAAAAGAUAUAUUGAAGUGCUCAGUACCUCGUGAUGAGACAGGAUCAUUACAGAGGUAAUCACCCUAAAAUGAAGAAAUGAGGCUGGGCUUUAAUCCAAGCUGACUGGAGUCCUAUAGACAAAGGGGAAAUGUGGGCAUAGGCAGACACACAGCGAGUCGCCAUGUGGACAUCCCGGGAGGAGUGUCAAAGACUGCUGGCAAAGCACCAGAAGCAGGGGACGAAGCGUAGAUCAGACCCUCCCUCACAGCCCUCAGAAGGAACCAGCCCUGCCGACACCCUGACCCGAACUGCAGCCUCCAGAACCAGGAGACAAUGAAUACCUGCCGCUGAAGCUACCCCGUCUUCAGCUCUUUGUCAUGUCAGCCCCAGAAAACUCACACAGAGGACCCUAUCAGCUGCUGCCCCACCUCCGAGAACCUCGCCCUACUGGAAGAGCACUGCUCGUUUGGUCCAUCGGCCACUCUGCACAGGACCCCUGCCCAUGACCCAGGUUCUGCAUUGCAGGCCAUCCUCACUGGACAGGCCCCCACCUGCCUGUAGAAGAAGACGGCCAGGCAUGCAGUAGAUGCUCAGUAAAUGCGUGCUGAACACAUGGAUGGAGAAAGAUGAGCCACGAUGAGGAAAAGGCAGAAAAUGGAGAGAUGCAUAAGAGAUGGGGGCAUCCUGAGGAGGGGGCAACUGCCACCUGGUGCCAGCGUGCCUUCCAGUACCGCUCCAUCUCCUCAUGAAGCCUGGGAUGUGAGUCUUGUGCCUCUAGCUCUAUCCUGAGAGGCACUGGUGCCUCCUGCACCUGGAGUGGACUGGAAGAAAUGGGGUACAGGUACAGCGUGGACCCCAGAUCACCCCCGCCCCACUCCCUUUUAAUGAUUCCUUUCUCAUUCUGUCCUGUGGACUAGGAGGGGGUGGGGCAGAGAUGCCUCUCUCACGGCUCCCUGCACUCACAGAACCCCUUUGUACUGGGCGCUUCUACUCCCAAGCACCCUGACUUGCACCCAGCAGCUAAGGUCGUCUCACCCCCACCUCCCACCUGCCCCUGGGCCAGCAGGAGGGGCUUGGCCAUGUGUAGGUAAGACAGGACUUCCUGAAGCUGACAGAUUUCCCACCCCAUAAAAGAGCCAGAAUGCGACAAGCAGGAGCGCUGAUAGCUGGUGAAGGGAGACUGGCUCUGGUCACGUGAUUCCGGGUUUAGGGCCCUGGGCCAUUCCCCCUCAGCCAGCUGGUGACAAAGGUUGGCCUACUGCCUGCUGAGAGGGCCAUCUCACCCACUGUGAAAGCAGAGCACCCACCCCAGCCUGGCUUGGACACUCUGAGGAUGGGCCUGAGCAGUCACCCACAGGCCUCUUGGCCUGGGCCACACCAAGUGCCGCUGGCAGCACUGCCCUCUCCCCAGGUAGCCAGGUGCGCUCUGCAUCCAGGGCCUGCAUACGGCCCCCCAACACCGUGUGCUCACCCUGCAGAUGCUGCAGCUGCUCCAAGCAGGCCCCUAGUUGCUGGUGGCUCCAGCCCAGCUCUUCUGAGAGUCUUUUGUUCACCUGGGAAGAUUCCCACCCUACUAAGUUGUGGCUCAGCCUCCACCAGGACUGUGGGGCUUCAGCUAUCCUUCAGGCCUUUAGCCAUGCAGCUCCCUGGUCUCAGGGGCCCUGAACUCCUCUUCCCCUGGGUCUCAACCCUCUUUGGAGGACUCUUUUACCACCACAGCCUGCAGAGGCUCCUCCACACUCCAGGCUCCACUCUGGACCAGCGCCUGGCUGCGCACUGGCAGGGGGGCCAGUUACAUGAGGAUGAGGAUGGUGCUCUCUGGAGUCUCGCUGUGUGGACGCCCUGCUAGAAUCUGUCUCUCCUGGCCAUUUUCCUUUCCUCUGUUCCCCUAGAGCCCCUUGCCCUACCUUGGAAUCCCCUAGGAAGUGAGCCCAGGGACCCUUGUUUCUGCCCCCUGGUGCAGAUGGGCAUGGCCUGGAUCAGCUGAUGCCCGGAUUCCCUUCCCUGUGGGGCUGCCCCUGCCAGCUGUCUUCUCCAACCUCGGUGAGCAUCAGCAACAGCUCCUGCCGACAGGCUGUGUCCUGAGCCUGGGCAGGGGUCUGAGCAACCCACAUGGAGACCCUGUCCUGAAGCUCCUGGGCCCUGCCUCCAUCCCAGCUCUGUCCUUGAAUCUGCAGGCCUGGCACCAGCGUCUCCUGUGGAUACACUCGGUCCAGAAUCUUGGGGUCUCCUUCCAGCCUCCAGACCACACUGGAGUGGUCUUGGCAGACCCUCAAUGCCUCAGGGCAUGUGUGGCCAGCCGGGUCAUGGCCCCGACUCAAGGUUCGACUCUGAACAAGCUCUCCUCUGCCCUCAGGUCUCAGUCUUCCCGUCUCAACCAAGAGGGAAGUCACUGAAUGAUCCCCAGGCUAUUUCCAAAUGUUGGAAGAUCCCUCUCUGGGCUGGACUAAGCCCCUGCACUGCCCUCCUUCCAAGAUAAUGCUCCAAGAAUGAAGACCAGAGAAUAAAGUGCAGGGCAAGGUCAAAGGUACAGCAGGGCCAGUGCUCAGGGCCUGCCGUGCGCCCACAUGGGGGAUCCCCAGGCUGGGAUCCCGACCAGAGGACUGUCGGCUCAUCUGGCCUACAUGACACUGGGCCUUUUCACUUCUGUCUGCAGCAGCAGGAUUCUGGGAGUAGAAGGGAGAGUCUGCCUGUUCCCUGCCACCCCGUCCCCACCCCACAGCCCAGCCCCUCUCACUUGUCUUCUGUGUCCCAGUAUGGCCUCCUCCACUGUGCCUGUCCCUGGGUUCUUGCCUCCUCCAGGUGGGCCAGGGAGCACACCGCCUGCUGGGGGAGGCUGAGUGGGAGGACUGCCGGCAGCACAGAGCCUCUGCCAGGUAUGCCUAAGCUUCCUGCCUCCCACCAGGCAGGGCAGUGUCUGCAGCCUCUGAUAAGGAAGGCGGACUGGCAGCCAGGGGCCCAGCUGACAGCCCAGCAUGGACCUGUGCCCUGGCUUGUGUACAAGAGACUGUGCCCUGGGGCCCUGAGGGGCUGCCUGGCUGUGAUCUGUCAUGACAGGCUGCAGCUGUGCACCCUCUGCCUCUAGCUGGGCCUGAGACCCCAGCUGCUGAUGGCUUCAGGGUGAAGGCCAGCAGUACUGCUGUGGAAUGUUAAUGAGUGGGCAGACAUGAGGUUGUCAACUUGGUCCCAAGGGUCCCCCAGGCCUGGGAGGGAGCAGUGGCUCCAGGAGGGCCAGCUCUGAGCUGAGACAUGAAGUCACUGAAGGCUUGGGUAGCUAGGCCAUCACAGGGUGUCCCUUUCCUCACCCGAGGCAGGGAUGCUGGUAACCUUCCCAAGAAGCCUCAGCCUGCACAGCCAUCUCCCCCUCUCUGGGGGUCACCUGCUUCACUAGGGAAGAUUGGGCUUUUGAGGAAGCUCUUCAGUUUAUGGAGCUAACACCAGUCCCUGCCUCCCUCAGACUCUCCCUGGGGGACCACAGGGAGCCUGGCCCUUGCUUUGCCUCCAGCAGUAUUCCUAGCCACCCCCUGCAAAUGCCUCUCAGGCCACACCCUGGACCUUCCAGGGGCCCCAUUCAGAGGUGGCAUCUCUUCAGCAUGCAGCCCUGCUGGGCCUCCAUUCCCUUCUCCUCCAGGUACCGCAGACCCCAGCAAGCCCCCCUGAGAAGAUGGCACCAGAUGUGGCACUGGUUCUGAUCACUCCAGAGCUUUCAGCCUGCUAAGGGGAACUUGCUAGCUCAGGGGACCUCCUUUCAGCUGCAGAAAGCCCAGGAAGAUGGGGUGAGAGAGGACAGGGCCUCACUUUCUGCUUCAGGGCCCGGCCGAGUCCCAGCUUGCGCUCCCAUCUCUGCAGCACCUGGGCUUGCUCUGACAGGACCUCCAGCACUGCCCGAAGACGGCCACUCAGCUUGGCCUGCUGCCGCCUGCUCUCUGCCAGCUGCUCCCACUGGUCCUUCUCCGACCGCCUCCAAUCCUGCUCAGGGGCCCUGUCGGAGCACCUGCCAGGGAGAUAGGAGUCAGGUUCAGCCUGGGCCCCAGGGGGCUACUGUGCCCACCUUCCCUACACUCACCUCCACCCUUUAGUGGGGCUUGGUGGGCAGACACAGUCUCAUGGCCAGAGGAAACAAGAGUGCCAGAAACUGUGGGCAGGGCUGGGCAUCAAGUCCAUGGCUCUGCCUUCUGCCCGAGCUGCUGUGGGAGGAGGGUCAUGGGAGCGCUUUUCCCCGUGGACAUGGCCUUGCUGCUGGCUGUGUGCUGCGCUCUCUGGGCAGCUCCCAACACUGCACCUCCAGACACCCCCAAUGGGUGGCGUCCCCAUGCCACUCCUCCAGGGCCCUGUCUGCUCCCUGAGACGGAAACAGGGGAGCGCUGCUGAGCCCCUCCUGUCUCUCUCUCCUUCCCUGCUGCACCCCGACCCCUUGUCCAGGCUGGCGGGAAGCUGGGGACCUCCCUGAGGACACAGCUGCCUCCGUGGGGACCCCAGCUUUGGGCGUUCUAGCUAUGGCCCACUGAGGGGUGCCUGUGUCGAUGAGCCCUCCAUCCCUCCUGCCACAGCCCCUGGCCUCAGCCUGCCUGGCCACUGCCUCCCACACCCUGCCUCUGUCCAAGAGGGGCCCAGCUCCCAGGUCCUCGUGAUUUUUUGGGACAGUUCAAACCCAGGCUCCUAGGAAGGGGUGCUGAGCCCCAUGGAAGGACCUCAAGCAGCCUCUUCUGUGAUUACUGGCUUUGACGGGGGAUCCCUGCUUCUUUCUCCAAGACCGUCUGAUAAAGGCACCUGCAGACCCUUUUCCUCCUCAGAUCCGGAUGAUGGACCAGGGCAGGCCCCUUCUAUAUCCCCUAGAUCCUCUCCUACCUAUAAUUCACAACUCGGGGCCCCAAGCUUGGUGGCUAUACCUCCUCAAACCCUGCAAAUCUCUCAGGCCCAACCCCACCACCCCCUCAGAGGGGCUGGGGCUUCAGCUUGGGGCUGCACUGCACAGGAAGCCGGGGCUUCUCUGCCCCUUCUGCUGAGGUCUUGACAACCCCUCAGUGAGGCCUGGGCUCCCAGCUGCCUUGAGUAGGUAAGAGACCUUGCAGACAGCCCCUACUCUAGGAGGCCUGGCUUCCCCAACAGACCUGGGGACCCACCUGCCUUUUCCACAAGGCUUUCUCCCUCCCUUGGGCUGGAUCCGGGGUAGCCCUGUUCAGCCUUUGUUUCCACCUGCCAGGUUGCCACCUCCUGGCCCCGUGGACAUACCAGGACCCCAGCUUCCAGAGGCCAGGUAUUCCCCAGCCCUGCCUGCUGCCACCCUGGCACCUCUAAGCCCAGCAGGCUGCAAGGGUCCCUAGCUACCAAAGGACUGGCCCCCACCCGAUCUGCCCAGUGCUUCCCCAGAGGCCAGUGGGCAUCCCUGGCCCCAGCCCUUGGGAGCCCAGCCCCUUCUGAGUGUUGCCAGCUUGGAGCUUUUUUCUAGACCUGUGAAUGAAUGCUAUUGCAUCUGGAGUUAGCUGAGACCUCUCCCCUGGUCUCCUGGGCAGUUACGGCCCCAAUUCUUUGGCAGCCUGGUUUCCAGCAUUCCUGGAAGUGGUGGGGAGGUCUCUGCCAGCUCAACGGGUGCCACUCUACACACUAGUUUGCUUUCCUUGCAAUCCCAGCAGCAAGUCUCAUUCCUUGUGGCGCCCGGCCCCACUGUCUCAUGUGGACCCUAAACCUCCAGUUGGCCCAACCCUGCAGAGGCACCUGCAGAGGUUCCUCUCAUGCUGGUCUACCCCCAGGGCCCCCUCUGGAGCCUGGUACCACAGAUCUCAGCCAGGGGCAGGCACAGCUCAGUCUCCCUUCCUCCUCAUCAGAGCCUUGGCUCUGUCCACCAAGGCCCCUGACUGCCAGGGAACCCACACCCACAGUUCCCUUCUUUCUGAAUGCUGACCCUUCCAUAGCCUGGAUGCUUGAGCCCUGGGCAGAGGGGUAACCACCCCAGGACUGUCUUCGCAAGCAGAGGCUACUUGUCACCAGGCCCUGACUCCUCAGGCUGAGCUGAGCAGCAGGCCUCUCACCAAGGCCCCCUGGGCAGAAGGGGCUCAGCCCUGAGGACCCAGCACUCCCCACACCUGCAUGUCCAUGUUGGGCAUCCACCCUGGGGACCCAGCUUUCCCCCUGCCCCCAGCUGCUGGCAGCCCCAUCUUGACUCAUACAGGGUCCCUGAGGCCACACCAGGAAGCAGCCAGCAGCUGGGAGGAGCACCUGCUGUUUCUGCGUCUUUUUUCUGGAGCUCACGUGGGUGGGAGGGGCUACAGUCUCCAGGGAUCCUGCAGGCCACGCCCCCCCUCCCUGGCUGACUGAGCUUUCUUCUCAGGAGUCUCACUGGAGGCUGGGAUCGACCUGUCACAGAGGCAGGUCUGAGUAGUCCAAGCCCAUUCCUACUCUCCAGCAGGGCCGCUCUUGUUCAUUUGUGCAGCUGGCUUUGCCCAAAGCACAGGUGAAGUCUGUGUGGACUGUGUCCCCUGUCCCCAAGGGGAGUGUGGCUCUAGUCCUGGCCUGGAACUCGGAUGCCUUAGAAUUAGAGGCCACAUCUGUCAGGGUGGAGCAGUGUGGUCUGCCCACGGCCACGGCAGGUACCACGUUGGCAGCCCCAGACCUGAUACCACGGCUCCCGUGUCCCCUCUCCACUUCUCUCCAGCACAUCACUUAUACUACGUGCUGCCCCUGAUGAAUCUGGACUGUCAGCUUCCCCAGCUCAGCCAGGAAGUCCCACUGACCCUAAGGAGAACGGUGCCUCCCAAGCUGGGGGCUGUGUGGGCAUGGGCCUUGUGUGGGGUGUGGGAAGUCGGGGUGAGGCAGGUGUCCAGCGCCUCUCUGUUUAUCUUCCUUUCUCCUUUGCCCACAAAGGAAGCAUCUUCUCCAUGUCCCUCUGCCACCCCGAGGACAUAAAAUAUUUCCCCAGGUCUGUCUUCCCUUGGACACGGCCCACCUACCUUCCUGUGGGACUCAGGGCUUUGUUUUGUCCUGUGGCCCACAUGAGAAGCAAUUAUCCCUACUCUGCUCAGCUGAGAAAGGCAAACUGAGGCAGAGCAGGGGAACAACUGUUGUAGUCUGGAUGUUAACGGCAGAGUCAAGAGCAGCCUUUCCUCGAGUGGUCGGGUCCAGUGGACACCAAGCGUGGAGGCUGUAUCAGUCGGUUUUGUGUUGCUCCAGAGGAAUACCCGAGACUAGAUAAUAAAAUUGGGCAUGGUGGCAUGCACCUGUAGUCCCAGCUACUCAGGAGGCUGAGGUGGGAGGACCGCAUGAACCCAGGAGGUCAAGGCUGCAGUGAGCUAUGAUUGCACCACUGCACUCCAGCCUGGGCAACAGAGCAAGACCCUGUCUCUAAAACAAGAAACAAAGUGCACCGUGUGUGGAAUCCAGCUUCUGGCGUGUGGACCUGACCUCACUCGGUCCCAUCAAGCUUUUGGUGGGAGUACAAGAAUUGAGACACUGCUACCAGCUGGGAGGAAUUGUCCCUAGGGUUCGGUCUCUGGAUGGCAUGUGAGGAUCUAGACCAGGACCCGGAUGCCUGUAACCUGAAGGGCAAGGGUCUCGGCUGCCCGGGCUUCACACUGGGAAUGCUCGUUUCCCUGGCUUACCUACUUUGAGUCCAAAGUUAAAAGAAUUUCAACAAAGAAACAGCCCUGCUGCUCCAUCUCGAGUGAGAAAAAGAAAGAAAAGAAACAACAGUAGCCAUGAGACAUCCGCUUCUGAUGGUUGCCAGUCACCAUGCCAUUCAGCAGCAGGUGGUCACAAGGAGGGCCCUGCACCGUGUGCCACCAUGAAAGGUCCAGAGAGCGCACACCAACUACAAAUAGCCCUGGACUCGAGCUCAGUCACAACUAGUGAACUGAAUAACACCAUCGACUUAUUGCCCUCGAGCCGCCGUGAAGCAGUCCUUGAGCAGCAGGUACAGCAGUUUCUACAGGAGCGGGAACUGCUAAAAGCGCAGGUGGCAGAGGUGACGGAGUGUCUUAAGAAAGCUCAGCUAGAAAGAGACGCUUACGCUCAACAACUCAAAACAGAGAAGGCGCAGUGGCAGCAGAAAAUCCUCACAAUGGCAGGAGAAAUUGAAAUAUUCAAAAUGGAGAAAAGUCAAGAUGCAAUGAAAAUCGAGAAGCUGAAGGGGAGCCUUGCCCACCUACAAAACCUUCUGGCUGAACCCCCGAUCCCGAAGCACCGACAGGGCCCUCUGACUUGGAAAGAAAACCUAAAAACUGAAACCAAGUACCUGAGAGAUGAGCCACGGGAACAGGAGAGACUGCAGGAGGCAAAAAUGAGGCUCUCGGAGAUGGAGGUGCCAUUUCUGAACGCUGCUAAAGCCAGUGCCCAGGAGGAGCAGGCACGGCUCUGUGAGCAGCUCCAGAAACAACAGGUGUGCUGCCAGCACCAGGCUCAGCUGGGGGCCUCGGCCCUGAAGGAGCCAGAGGCAGCGGCCGCAGCCACAGGGACUGGGAGCGAGUCUGGGUGUGGGGAGACCCAGCGGGCCCUGCAGGGAGCCCUCGACAAGCUGCAGAGAGACUUCAUGGAUAUUGUGAAGGAGAAUUCGGACCUGAAGGAGCAGGUGGAAAAACUAGAGCUCGGAUUCAUUCAGCUCUCUGGAGAGAGAGACAUGUUAAGAAAGUCCAUCAAACCAAAUGACCGUCAGAGGGCAGUGGCCAAGACCCAGCACCAGAAGAACGAUGUUAGCAUGCUGUCCCAGGCCGAGGAGGGGAUGAAGGUGAAGCUGCUGGAGCUGCAGGGGCCAGUGAUGCAGCUUAUGAUCAACCAUGAGGUCCAGCACCCUGCUAAUGAGCCCACUCCAGGGGCCCCAGUGCCCCAGGAGCCUGGUGCUGCUGACAAGGACGAACUUUGUGAAGUGAUCCUCGCUGACAGCCUGCAGCCUGCAGGAGGGGGGAUACACCACAACCCCACUGCACAGCAGAUGGCACAUGGCUUUGAGAGCUGCAAGACGGCCAGCAACACCGACCUUUGGGCAGCAGUCCCUCCACGCCAUGCUUUUACCGGGCUGUGGGCGAAGGAGCGGGUAAACAUCACGAUCAGCUAAGAGCUGGCCCAGAAGUUUACAAACGAACAAAGUUGUAGGGUUAGUCUUCUACACAUUUACUUCAUUUGAAUGUUAGAGUUACUCAUGAUGAUUUGUGUUUCUAAUCUAUAGUUUAUUUGUAAAAAGUUAAAGGAGAGUGGGUCUUCCUGUAGCUUUCACUGAUGUUCACUUUGGCAUUUUUUAGAAUUUUUCAUUUUUAAUUUGAUAAUCAUAGGUCAUUAGCAUGCCUAUCGAGUUUGCCCUUACGUGGUGGGAGUUCAAACACACAAAGACCCACUAUUGGCACAAAACUAUUCUCGCUAGUUUGGAAUAGGCUGCCAUGGUUAUUUAAUGUUAUUGAAGCAUGUGUAUUCAUUAUGGAAUUCAGAUACAAUUUGCUUAUGUUCUGCUAUGAUAUUUGAUCAAAUCCUAUUUACAGUGAGCUCUUAAUUAGCUCAAUAUGUGCUUUGCCCUCACGUGCACACUGUUUAUUACUUUGUAAGGUGCUGCUGUGAGUACUGACAUUUAGAGUUGUUGAAAGGCCGAGAACUGGAAACAGCCUUUCUUCCAUGUUCUGUGUAUUGCAAAUGGGAGUAAUAACAUUUUGGGGAGCUUUUAAAAUCUCACAGAAGAGGAAAGCGGCCUGCUCUGGCUGGUAUGUGCAGAAUAGAGUAGUUCAUUGGUUCCCGUGCCAAGAAUGAGCGCUGCGCUAUGAUAGUUCUUUUAGGGUUUUUCUGUGCUCUGGGCUCAUGAAGACACUGCAUCAUGAGCUGCAGCAGCUGUACUCUUUUUUAUGACCUAAAAAGAGAUGAUUUCUGAGGAAUAAAAGGCUCCCGUCUUUGAUGGUGGAUGUGGAAAACCUUUCCUAGCUUAGAGCAUUUACAUCUAUAAUACAUUGUAAAGUCAGAGCUCAUGUUACCUGUUUUAAUCACCUGACUCUAAGUCUCAGUACACAAAAGGGCACUGGUUGGCAUUCUUCUUAAUGUAUUUAGUAAAGGUCAUAAGAAAUCCUUUAAGAUAAAGUGUAAUUUAUAUAUAUAUAUAUACACACAUAUAUAUUAUAUAUAGGAAUGGAAAUUUGUAUCUUAGAAUGGAUAGGCACUAAAUAUUGAUGACUGAACAGUUAAUGUUUCAGGACACUUGGUAUAGUGAGUGCCUUGCACACAGAAAAAGACCACGGAUGAGAUUAUCCUUUGUAUCAUUUCACAGUUUUAAAAAUUGCUAUUGAUUACAGUUCACAUAGCAAGUUGCUGAUAAAAUGUCUGUUUUCAUAAAACAUCUCCAACAACAACAAAAUCCUUUCAGAGUUUAAAUGUCCAGAAAAAAAUAAAAAUUUUAAUAAAAAGUUUAAAAAAAUUUUAAUGUCCCUGGAACAGGCACACAGGGUGUAGUCAAGAAUGAACUAGAGUGCAGGAAAGCCAUGUGACACCUGGCGUCCCUCUGUGUUCACGGAGCUUCUUUGAGGCGAGAUUGACUUGACCGUCCAGACUUCUCUGGCUAAUACCUAUUCUUCAACCACCUCGGUUACUCUGACAUAGGAAUUGCCUUGUUUUUCUUCAACGAAAAGGACUUUAAACAAUAAUCACAAACAUUAUUAUAAACUAAUAUAUGUGAGAGUACUUGGCUGAAAAAUAAGAGUUUCAGUAGAAAGAAUUGUACUUUAUUUGACAAUCAAGAGAAAUUAAUGCAACGUAAAAUGUUUAUAGCCUGCAGUGCCAUCUACUGUUUGUGAAUGUCAGUGUAUUAUCAGGAAAAGUGUCUAACAAUCACAGAGUUCUAUUUCCUCAGCAAGUUCUUUACCAAGAGAGAAAUAUGUUUUUAUACCUUUCAGUCUCAAUUAGAGGCAUAUUUUGUGCAAGUAUGUUAAUGUGUCUCUACAUUAUGAAUGAAUUCUUUCAGUCAGACAUUGCCUAAAUUAUAACUUUAUGAUGCUUGGGACAGAAUCAACAGUUGAAGCUUCAUGAAGUUCUAAUGUCCGUGUACCAAAAUACGUCCCAUUGUUAGGAUGGAGGGAGGUAUGCGUGUGUGCUCCCUGAAGGGGAGACUCCUAGUUACUGACCAUCUCCAUGUUUAGCAUUUGGCAUCCUCAUGAUACUUUCAUAAAUAUGACAUUAAUAGGAGAGCACUCAUACAAUUUGACAGAUGGAAUAACACAUUUGCCUGCAUUCCCUGAAAGAGUGCAAAUAUUGGGUCCUGGUGAUUUGAACUGACUCUUCCAAAUUGUAGGGAUUUAUCAAUGUAUCAGAUAAACCCAGUUUCAGAACGAUCAAGGAGAAACGUUAGACCAAAUAAUGCGGCUAAUUAACAGUGGUAUGAUUUCUAGCCGGGGGCUUAAAAUGGACUUAAAGUUCUGUUUUGUGUUUUAUUUCUGAACUUGCCGCUUUUGCAUUCUUUGAGUUCAGUUUAAAGACAGUUACUCUAAGUCCAUUUUCAGCCCUAAGGCUAGAAAUCGUACCCCUGUUAAUCAGCCACAUUAUUUGGUCUAACAGUUUUUCUUAAUCAUUCUGAAACUGGGUUUAUCUAAUACAUUGAUAAAUUAUUUCAAAGGGAUUUUGAUAGUUCAAAUCACUUUACUUUUACCCUAAGAAAUACAAAUGACUAGGAAUGACCUUCAGAUAGUGUUUAGCAUCUGUACCCAAUCUGAUGAUAAUGUUCAUCAGGUACCUGUGGAGUAAAUCCCAUACAGGCAUGUUUAAGCUGAAUGGCAGUCAGGAAAAUACAUUUACUAUAUUAACCGAAAUAUCACUCUGAGUAGGUAUUUUGUCAUCUACUUAAGACAAAUCUAAAAGAACGGAAAUCACAUGACAGUGUCUUAAGUCUUUCUUCAAAGUGCACGUGAGUCUCCUGCAGUACUUCAUUCAGCCAAGUGUCUGUUCUCUUCCUCAUUCAGUAGAAGGCAGCUUUCAAUUGGCUUAGAAGGCAACAUCAGAAGGUUAGCGUUCAUCAAAAACACAGAAUUUUAAAAUGUGUGUUCAACUGACCAAAUUUGAAUUUCUGUAGGAAGAAUCAAAAUACCUGUUUAAAGAUUGCAAAAUAUGUUACUCAUUUUUAAAGGAUUUUAUUAAACCUGAUAGGUUUUCCAGAAAUGAAUAAAACUCAGUUCUAAAACCAAAGCUGCUUUUUAGAAAAUUUGAAACUGUAAAUCAGUCCUAUCCUGUUCACAAUAUAGUUUCUCUAAAACUUUAUCUUAAAGAGUAUUUUAAAAUAACUAUUAAAAAAAACUGCUCUCUUAAUGUUCUGAAAUUACUUAAAACAUUUAAAAAUAUGAAUAUUGCAGUUUAGAAGAAAUGGGGGAAGGAAAAGUGAAGAAAUGCCAAUUCCAGUCCAAAGCUUUAUUUGCCAAGUUUUCUAAGAAUGACUUUUACCACUGUCUGAACUCCUGUGAACAGAAUGUAAGAUGGAAAUCCUGAGCCUUUUGUCUAAAGCGGCAAUACUGACUGCUGCUGUGAUGCUCCUGUGAUGUAAUAAAUUAUUCAGUUGCUGCAA